UUUGUGUCAUGAUAAUUUUUAAAAAGAAUCCAAAGCAUAGCAGGCCUAACCUUGAGGUCUGCCUAUUUGGGAAUUAAUUUUCCAAUAAUUUGAAAAUUUUGAAUAUUCACAGUUGUCAGUCUUGGUGUUAGAAAGAAGAGGAAGUAAUCUAUUCUUUAACAAGGCAUUGGUUAAAUACUCUUUGGAACUACCAUUGAUUGCAAUUUUGCAGUGUCCACUCACUUGUAAUUUUAUAACAUGCACCAUGAAAGAUAUGUGCUUGCGAAACUGUUCCCAUGUUACUUUGAAAACAUUUUGCUCCUAAAUGUAUGUCCUUUUCAGCUUAAAUGUUAUUUUAUUUAAUCAUUAACCUCUAUAGCUUUAAACAGUCAAUAACAUAAGUGACAGUUUGCUCUUUGUACUCCUCCUCUGCAACAACACAGAGUACUAUCUGAACACACAAAAAUUACACGAAAAUCGAAAUCAGUGUUUUAAUACAGAACACAACUUACACAAUCUUUUCAGUGCAUUUGGGAGAAUUUUGUAUCCAACGUUAAGCCAGAAAACAUAAGACGCAGUGAGAACGCAUGGUGGCGCUGCAGGUUAAAUGAUGGAAAAUAGAAUUGCCUACGCCCCUCCUGUAUCCAGUGUUUCACACUUCCUGGAAGCCAAAGAACAGCUUUCUCGGCCAGACCAAAAGUGAGUGUGAAACCUCUUUAAAAUCCCUAUUUAGUGACAUACUUCUGCCGUUCUGGACUUCAGGACCAGGCUACCAGGAUCCUGGGCAUACAUGACGCUCCUGUGAACCAAAUUUUCAGGGAAAAGCAAUGGAGAUUGGAUGGAUGCGCAAUCAGAGACAAAGGCAAGUCCUAGUUUUCUUUGUUUUGCUGAGCUUGUCUGGGGUGGGCGCCGAGUUAGGGCCCUAUUCAGUAGUGGAAGAAACGGAGAGGGGAUUCUUUGUGGCAAAUCUACAGAAAGACCUGGGAUUGGGGUUGACAGAGAUGUCCACCCGCGGGGCCCGGAUCAUUUCUCAGGGGCACAAACAGUAUUUGCAACUCAAGGUUCAGACUGGGGAUUUGCUCAUAAAUGAGAAACUAGACCGAGAGGAGCUAUGCGGGUCCACUGAGCCUUGUGUACUACAUUUCCAAGUGCUAAUGGAAAAUCCCUUAGAGAUAUUUCAGGCUGAACUGAGGGUGAAAGACAUAAAUGACCACUCUCCCGUGUUCACCGAAAGAGAAAUGAUUGUAAAAAUACCAGAAAAUAGCCCUCUAGGAAUCGCAUUCCCUCUGAGUAAUGCUCUGGACUUGGAUGUAGGAAGCAACAAUGUUCAAAACUAUACAAUCAGCCCCAACCCCCAUUUCCAAGUUCUAACCCACAAUCUCAGCGAUGGCAGAAAAUACCCGGAGCUGGUGUUGGACAAAGAGCUGGAUCGGGAGGAGGAGCCUGAAAUCGCUUUAACUCUGACCGCGCUGGAUGGCGGCUCUCCGCCUCGCUAUGGGAGCGCGCAGGUGCGCAUUGAAGUGGUAGACAUCAAUGAUAACGCCCCUAAAUUUGGGCAGCCGCUCUACGAGGUGCAUAUUGCCGAGAACAGCCCUAUAGGUUCCCUGGUUGUCACUGUCUCUGCGAGCGAUUUAGACAGUGGGGUCAAUGGGAAAAUAUUAUACUCAUUCUUUCAGCCUUCAGAAGAUAUCAGCAAAACUUUGGAGGUAAAUCCAAUGACAGGAGAAAUUCGACUGAAGAAACAAGUAGAUUUUGAAACACUUCGGUCUUAUGAAGUGGACAUCAAGGCCACUGACGGGGGAGGUCUUUCAGGAAAAUGCACUCUUCUCCUGCAGGUGGUGGAUGUGAAUGAUAACUCCCCAAAAGUGACCGUGUCAGCACUAACUGGCCCCAUCCCAGAGAACUUGCCUGAGAUUGUAGUUGCUGUUUUCAGUGUUUCAGAUCCUGACUCUGGGGACAACGGAAAGACUAUUUCCUUCAUCCCGGAUGACCUUCCUUUUCUUCUAAAACCUUCGGUCAAGAACUUUUACACGUUGGUAACAAAGAGAGCAUUGGACAGAGAAGAAAGACCCCAUUAUAACAUCACCAUCACUGCCACCGACUUGGGGACCCCCAGGCUGAAAACCCAGCACAAUAUAACCGUGCUGGUCUCCGACGUCAACGACAACGCCCCGGCCUUCACCCAAACCUCCUACACCCUGUUCGUCCGCGAGAACAACAGCCCCGCCCUGCACAUAGGCAGCGUCAGCGCCACAGACAGAGACGCGGGCGCCAACGCCCAGGUCACCUACUCGCUGCUGCCGCCACAGGACCCGCACCUGCCCCUGGCCUCCCUGGUGUCCAUCAACGCCGACAACGGGCAGCUGUUCGCCCUGAGGGCGCUGGAUUACGAGGCCCUGCAGGCCUUGGAGUUCCGCGUGGGCGCCACGGACCGCGGCUCCCCUGCGCUGAGCAGCCAGGCGCUGGUGCGCGUGCUGGUGCUGGACGCCAACGACAACUCGCCCUUCGUGCUGUACCCGCUGCAGAACGGCUCUGCGCCCUGCACCGAGCUGGUGCCCAGGGCGGCCGAGCCGGGCUACCUGGUGAGCAAGGUGGUGGCGGUGGACGGAGACUCGGGCCAGAACGCCUGGCUGUCGUACCAGCUGCUCAAGGCCACGGAGCCCGGGCUGUUCGGCGUGUGGGCGCACAACGGCGAGGUGCGCACGGCGCGGCUGCUGAGCGAGCGCGACGCGGCCAAGCACAGGCUGGUGGUGCUGGUCAAGGACAACGGCGAGCCGCCGCUGUCGGCCAGCGUCACGCUGCACGUGCUGCUGGUGGACGGCUUCUCGCAGCCCUACCUGCCGCUCCCGGAAGCGGCGGCCGACCCGGCCCAGGCCGACCCGCUCACGGUCUACCUGGUCAUCGCGUUGGCGUCGGUGUCGUCGCUCUUCCUGUUCUCGGUGCUGGCGUUCGUCGCGGCGCGGCUGUGCAGGAGGGGCAGGGCCGCCUCGUUGGGUGGCUGCUCGGUGCCCGAGGGCCACUUUCCGGGCCACCUGGUGGACGUCAGCGGUACUGGGACCCUUUCCCAGAGCUACCAGUAUGAGGUGUGUCUGAUGGGAGGCUCAGGUACCAGUGAGUUCAAGUUUCUAAAACCAGUUAUCCCCAAUCUCACAUCCCAGAUCUCGGGGAGGGAAAAGGAAGAAAAUCCCUACUUUCGGAAUAGCUCUGAGAUUUAAUUACUCAUAGGAACCAAUAAUAAGGACAUUAACUUCUCAUGUAUUUUGUCUACUAACUAAAUUGUUUAUGCCCUCCACCACCAAAAAGAUGCUGUUUAAUUUUCUCCAUUUGGUUCAUCCUCAAUUUCCAAUCUUAUGCUUAACUUCACAAAUUUCCUUUUCCUCAUAUUUUAGCCCAAUGAAGUAUUUAAUAGAAUCCCAACGAGUGAAAUAGGAUUUACCUUCAAAAUUAACUUCAUGAAAUUUUUUCUAUCUUAUAAAUGUCUUUAUUGACAUUCUAUUUACAUUUUAAUUUUAGUUCUCCUUUUCCUAAAAUUUCUUCAAUCAUUAAAAUAAUCUGCUGCAUUGCUUUGUAUAUUUAUUAUCUGAUAUUUUUCUCUUUUUAUCCUUUCAAAACUGGUAUUUGGUUUGUUAUCCUCUGUUUUCAUUAUAGUAAUUUUCUUAAACUGUGUUAGUUUUUUCUAAAGUUUUAUUUUCCUUAUAUUUCUAUCUGCCUAUUUAAUAUAUA